AUGGAAGGAGCACGCAUACACCCCCACAACUUCCUUCAGAUCUAUACACAAGCCUGCGAAACCUUCACGCACAAGCUGCAAUGCCAAGUCUUCGUUCUCCUGAGCCCAUCCCCCAGCCCUGAUAUCGAGGAGAUCCCGACACGGCUGGAGGAGCUCUGUGAGCGGGUCAUUCAGAUCGGGUUCUUGGGUGAGGUUGGCGAGUUUGGGGUCCGGGAUGAUAAUCGCGUGCGUGUUCGUUGGGGUUCGCUUCCUAUUAAGGAUAUUUGCUUUGAGAUUAAGUGGGAACUGACGGUUCUCAAGGAUGAGCUUGCUAGCGGGGAUUCGGCGCCUCUUGUUGUUGCGGAUCUUUUGGUUGGGAUUUUGGAUUCUUUGCCUUUCUAA